UAUUUUUUUUUUUUUUACACUAAAUCAAAGCUUGGUGCCAAAAUGUGAAAGUGGCGCGCGCACUUGGAACAACUCAUCCUGAUGAGAAAAUAUUAUAUUUAUGCAGGCAUUUGUAUCUGGGUCAGGGUGAUUUAUUUGUAUUUACCAAAAACUGUUAUAAUUGCAAAAGUUCAGUCUGAGUUACAAAAAAAUUAAUGAAAAGAAAAUUUUAGUUGUGCUUCUUUGCUUCGUUUUUAGAUCAAGUUUUUAAUUGCGAAUUUGCGCUGCACUUUAGUGAAACUGUAUUUUGACUACGCACUCUUGCAAUCCUUAGUAACUAAGUGUGUGUGACUGGGACAUGGUUAAUGUUCUGUCAUGGGCUUCUCUAGUGCUAUUAUAUGCUCAGUUUCCUCUGUUGUAAGCUGGAAAAAAUAAGUAAUCGGAAAAUUAAUGCCGGAAAAUCUUUACUCAAGGGCUAUAGUAUAGCCUCCUACUACUAGCGAGUCAGUACAAGAAUUCAGGACAAGAACAUUUCUCAGUGACAAGUUAAAUCCUUAAAACAGGAUGUAGCUUCGUCACAAGCCAGUUAUUUUUGACUCAAUUAGACUUCUGUUGCAGAUGACUUCCCGCCGCCUUGGAACAGGAGUGUCAAGAGUAGACUGUAACAGCAGUACAGCUGGUUGUGUCUGUUGUCUGUCACUGUUUGGGAGGAAAUAAAUCAAACGAUGCAUAAGGUAACAGUGAGGAAGAGACCACAGACACUGCUAGUAGAAUAAGGAAACAGUAAAUUGUAUCCCUGUUCCAUCUGAAAGGGACAUGGGCUCAAAGAGUUCUGAAGAUGCAGCCUGGAACAAUAAUGCUGAUUCUGUGCCUCCUUUUUAUCUGCAUGUCUGUGCUGACUGGUCUUCAACAAGUACAACUUAAAAUAGGUAAUGAAGUUAAUGGAACCAUACCUAUAACAUGUUCUACAAGUGACAUGCAGCCUGUGAAAUUCCAGUGGUACAAAUAUGACAACAAUGACUGGUCACUAUAUAAAGAUGGUGAUAUACUAAAAGAAAAAGUCAGUGGAAAUGGUCGAUUUUUUUGCCUAGCUUCAGAUGGAUCUUCUAGCAUUCAGUCAGCAGCUGUUUACUUAACUAACUUUUCUUUACCAUCUGUUAACGUCAGUCAAAAAAAUAAUAGUAAAACAACAACUUUAAUAUGUACUGCAAAGUGCAACCCUGAAGCUACAGAAUACGUUUGGUUCUUGAAUAACAAACAGUACAAGAGACAACCUGGGGAGGUUCUAAAGUUCUGGAAUAUUCAAGAAAGUGAUAAAGGAAGCUACACUUGUAAAGCAACAAAUCAACAGGGUACUGGUGUAUCGCCGUCAUUUGUUUUAAAAGUACCACCCGAACUUGAAGACAGACUUUCUUCACCUAAAUCAGAUAACCCAGCUAACAUUUUGCCUGUGAUAAUCGGUCUAGUCCUGAUAGUUGCUUCAGUUGCAAUAUUUAUUGCUGCCUGUGCCUGGUGGAGAAAAAAAGCAAUUCUUCUCAAGCGAAAAGACUCUACCACACGGAUGCUAAUGAAGACUAUGGAUGAAGAGAAAGAAGAUGGAGAAAAGGGUAUCUAUGCAACUGUGGAGGGUACUGUGUCAUCUGAAGCUGAUAAAGGCAAAGGAGUUUAUGCUAAACUGGAUGCUACAGCCAAAGAAUCUGACUACGAUGCCAUCAAGGGAACUAAUUCUGAUGGUGGUGAAGGAAAAGGUGUUUACACAGGACUGACAGGUCAAUCAAGUCAAUCAGAUUAUCAGGUGUUAAAGCAAAAAGAUGAAUCAAAUCUGUAAGAACAAGAAUUAAAGAAGCCAGUGCACAACGUUAUAUUGCAAAAGAAUAUUACAUCUGUGGGAAGAAAACAAAAGACCAUUUCAAGUGCCUCGUUGAUAUUUUCAUUUAAACUCUCAGAUUAUUUACAGUAUACUCUACACUUGAGCUCUUUGUAUCACUCCUGUACAUUUUGUAUGUGUUUAAGUUCCAUGCCUGAUGACCAUUAAGCCACAGACACUGUUCAUUUGUUCACUGUCACCAGGGUAAAAGAAAUCCAUGUCACAGCCAUAUUUCAGGCAGCUAAAGGGGGUAAUCUGUGUCCUCACUGGCACUGCAGCCAUAAAAUGUGUGUGUUUUAUAAGUGCUAACACCACCCCAGGUUCAGGAAGAUGCACACUCUGCUUCAUCAAAUCCAAGCUCCUGUGAACCAGCUGUUCCUGCAUUAUUGCGCCUCCUCCAAGGGAUUAUCACUUUGGAUGGCCCACUCUGCCCUCCUCGAAUCACAAAAUAGUUACACCCACCUUCCCCAAAACAGCUCCAACAAAUAUCCAGGCUGAUGAUCAAAUUAUAGUAACCUGGAAUGCAGUCUGGGCUUUCUUCUUCUAUGCCAACAGAGCUGAUUUCUGUCCUUGUUGUACUUUAAGAAAAAUACAAAUCAUAUGUUUGAUAUAUGCUCAAUAGCAUUUCAUUUUUAUAGCUUGGUAUACACAUUUUGACUUUAUGUAUGCUCAGUAACAUUUAAUUUUAUGGUUCAGUAUACAUAUUUGACUUUUCAUGUUUCUUUUCUGCAUAAUACAGUGACAAAUGAGCAGGUUUAUUCAUUAACCUGAUGCUGUUCAUCAGACGGACUAAAAAGCAUUAAAAUGUAUUUAUUGUGCAUCACCCCAUUUGAUGCUCUGACUAUAAGACUGCAGUAGCAGGUGCAACUGACCUGGGUGCAAAGUGUUAGAGGAUGCAAUCUUAUUGUUCAUUCAUCAUCCUGACUGCUCUGAAUGCAAUACAGGCUUUUAAAAGCAAGUAUUGCAUUUUUGGUCAAACUUGAGUAUUGUAGCAUUUUGUGUGUGGUCUAACUAUAGCAUCUGCUUGCUACAUUGCUUGCCACUGUUUGCUACAAUUUCAAUGUAAAACAAUUUUCUUUUUUUUUAACUAAAACCUGAGUGAUGUAGCACUCUGUGUAGGAUAUAAGCUGUAGCAACAGUUUAGAAUAGAUUUUAUUUUAAGUAAAACCUGAGUGCUCUAGUGUUCCAUUGAGAGUAUAAAUUGUAACAAAUUUUGGCUACAUAUGUAGCAAGCAGUUUGCUACAGUUUAAAUGUAAAUAAGAUCUAUUUUUAACUAAAACCAGCAAUUUAUCACUCAGUGAAUGAUAUAAACUGUAACAACUGCUUCCUACAUUUCUAGCAAGCAGUUUGCUACAGUUUAAAAAGCAAUAUAAUUGUUAUUAUUUUUUACUGCAAUGUAAGGAAGGAUGGUUGGGGGCAGUGUACAGAAAUAGGACCUGAAUGGCUGGGCAGGACGGGUGUCUCCUUUAUCCGAAUCCUGGCUGCCCUCUUCAUCCCACAUUAACUACCCCUCUAGGCAACUGUUUGGAGCUACAAAGAUAGAUAUCACACACUAAAGUUGUCAGCGAGGCACCUGUAAAGUUGUAUAUGAAGGGGAAAACAAGGCUUUUUCUGCUCAGUGUCACCCUUGAAACUCACUGGGAGUUUUUUCUUCUUUUCUUUUUGUCGACACCCAACCCCUCUUUCUGCCCAUUGUUGCCAAAGCCCUGUACAAUGCUGUUUCUGGCAGGCUUGUUUCAGGUGCAUGAAUCUUGCUCACUUGUGAAAGUGGCAAGAAUGCUCUGCACUUCUUGGCAAUCUUACACCUCCAGAGACCUAAAUACAAGUGCUCUGUCCCUGGGCCCUACCACAGAUGAAGCUCUUACUGCAGGACUUAGAAUCUCUCUGGGAUGGGAGAACCAACAUCGGCUUCUCAUUCCCAUCCCUUCCUGGUUGGCUGCUCCAGCACCAAUGCCAGUAGAAAAUGUUGGCUGGGACAUUGUCAUCUGCACCCCAGCAUUGCCUCCACUUGGUGCAAACAGGAAGAGCUUGCACAGGUACAGCACUAAAUGCAGGGCAUUUGUUUACACUGAUAGUCAGAGAGGCACCUGUUAAAGUUCCAGGGCUUACAGCACUCCAUUUUCUUCACUGAUGUAACAACAUAUUCUACACAUUUUCAGGAGAUACUAUGUCUGCCCUUACUGCUGGGCAUAUAUAGAUAAUAUGGAUGGAAUCUCAGACUUGCCAAACUUUGUCUCCAAUAUUUUCAGGCUAUGACAUAAGUCUCCUAACAGCAAGCAAGGAAUAAAGAAAAUUCAGUCCCACUCAUUUCAUAUUCCCUUGGUUCAUCUGUCUGGAAUACACACACACAUAUA